AUGGAACGUUGGGCCGAUCUAUUUGGGCCGGAUUCGGUUAAGGCUAUUUACUGGCCUGCCCAUUCCAAGUCGGGAGUUGAAGGUUCGGACUCGAGCGAAGGCUUGUGUGGAGACAAUAAGGUGAUGGAACGUUGGGCCGAUCUAUUUGGGCCGGAUUCGGUUAAGGCUAUUUACUGGCCUGCCCAUUCCAAGUCGGGAGUUGAAGGUUCGGACUCGAGCGAAGGCUUGUGUGGAGACAAUAAGGUGAUGGAACGUUGGGCCGAUCUAUUUGGGCCGGAUUCGGUUAAGGCUAUUUACUGGCCUGCCCAUUCCAAGUCGGGAGUUGAAGGUUCGGACUCGAGCGAAGGCUUGUGUGGAGACAAUAAGGUGAUGGAACGUUGGGCCGAUCUAUUUGGGCCGGAUUCGGUUAAGGCUAUUUACUGGCCUGCCCAUUCCAAGUCGGGAGUUGAAGGUUCGGACUCGAGCGAAGGCUUGUGGUUCGGCCCUUUCUAG